AAUAUGUUGUAUUAUUUUUUACCGUUUAUUCUAUGUGUAUGCCAGGCAACGAUACUUGCAAUCAAACGGGACCGAAUGGCCAGUGCUGUGAACAUUACAGAUGGAACAAAACAACAAGAGAAUGCACUCUCUGCCCUCAAGGGUACACAGGGGAGACGUGCGACGCAAAAUGUCCUUAUCCAACAUAUGGAGUUGCUUGUCAGAGUGUCUGCGCCUGCCAGAGAAUGUUAUGUAACGUUGUGACAGGAUGCCCUGUUACUGACGGUUGUCAAACGCCUGGCCGCUAUGGACAAAAAUGUGACCUGACCUGUCCAUCUACCUGUCAGGAACAAAGAUGUCAUAUUGUUGAUGGGUCCUGUAGUGGUUGUAUUGCUGGCUGGGCAGGGGAUUUUUGCAACAAAACGUGUAAAGCUGGCUGGUUUGGAUCCAACUGUUCAGAGAAUUGUAGUGACAACUGUAUUGACCAGCUAUGUGACAACAGACAUGGUAAUUGUACACGGGGAUGUUUGGCUGGGUGGAUGGGGCGCAACUGCACUAGAGAGUGCCCCUUAGGAUUAUUUGGAGCAAACUGUAAACAAUGGUGUAGUCCACACUGUGCAUUUAAUGACACAUGUGACAAAACAAAUGGCAGCUGUCCUAGAGGAUGUCAAUACCCAUUUAAGGGUUCAAAUUGUGAUUUCAGAGUCAUGUUACAGAAGGCAGACUCGGUUUCCUCAGACAAUGAUAUCCAAUAUGCCUACAUAGGGGUAAUUGUUGUAUUGGCUACACUCAACAUGUCCUCCUGUGCUGUUUUCAUAUUUCGAAGGAGGCGAUGCCUGGAUGAAGAACAAAAGCCAUCCUCAGUUUACAUCACUUAUCCCACUCAACAAACGAUAAUGACUGACGAUACGAAUGUAUACCUUGAACUGCAUGCAACAACGAACGAUGACUCAAACCACAAUCGCUCUUCCCUGUCCUCUACCUAAGUCAUUGUUUCACAAUUUCGCAUGGUUAAACGUGGUAGAAAUGAGACCAGAACGACCGAAUACGAAACAUUCAAUUAAUUACGUUUCCUUGUAGAGGAAUAUUGGUGAGCAGUUAUACAGAACUAGUAAUUAAAAUACAUCUUUCUCUGGAAUAUCCCAAACCUUCCACUCUGUUUAUGUGAUGGUAUUCAAAUCUUGAUUUUUUUAUUCGGAUAUUGCAUUUGUUUGCUUAGUUGUAUAUUCUUUGCUCGAUAAUUUUUCACUAAUGUAUUCAAGUUACCUUUUGAACAUUUACGCAGAUUGUGUUAUGGGUGCUUUCAGUUUAACUGAGGACACUAAAUAAUUUCGCAUCAGACUUUGAUUUCCAGCAGAAUAAUCAAUUCCUCGAAAUCCAACGUGUGACGUUACUUUUAAGAAAAGAGAGCAAAGAGUCAAGCGAAAUUCGUAAAAUGUUUGUUUUCCCAAUUGUGCAACCAUGACAGGUCACACCAUUUAAGCUUCGAACGUCCCAACCACGAUGUAUAUGAAAGGUGAAGAUAACGAACAGUGAUCAAUCUCAUAACUUCUAUAAGCAAUACAAAAUAGAUGGUUGGGCAAACACAGACACACCAGAGGUGGGAUCAGGUGCCUAGGAAGAGUAAGCAUCCCCUGUCGAUCGGUCACACCCGCCGUGAGCCCUAUAUGAGCAGUUGUACCUCGUAUCAGCAUACUACAAUGAAACCGUGUGAAGAGUUAAUUUCUUGAAAGAAAAUAAAUGAAACCUGGGCAAUAGGAAAAUUUGGCAAAGUUGUUAUUUUCGAUUUGAUUAUAAAAGACCAUUUAUCACAUACAUGUAGUAUAGUGUCUUACGACUCGAGUGAUGUUCUGACCUGAUAAAUUCAAUGGUAUCUGGGUACAAUUUCAAUCCCGAUAUACUCUGAUAAAGAAUCAAGGAGAUGUGUGAACCUAAAUGAAUAGCUGUGUACACUAUAUUAUUUGCAUUAAAAGUGUUUGAUCACGACGGACAUGUUAAAUUCAUGACCUACAAAACAUUACACAAUACCGACCUAAGUGUGGCGUAGAAUCAUUUAAUGUUUGUUACAAUUUUAUAAUAAUAUAAAUUUGGCAAUUCUAAAACGCUGGCAGCUGACAAACAAAUUGACGAGACAGGGGUUUCAAUAGAGACGGUUUCUUUUUAAAUCAAUAUUACGCAAAUUCUAUGGUCGUUUUCUUUUUCAGACAAACAACCUGCCAUUAAGACAAAAACUGUCUAAUAUGUUUCACACCAAUUGUUAGGCUGUUCUUUGACAAUGGAUUGCUUUGUUUUUUCUGAUCAGGAUAUAAAGAUUGCGUAU